AGUUCCCUGGGAGUGAGCGGGAGCCGGCAGUGGGGCCCAACGGAGGAGAGCCCGAGCCACCUGAGGAGAGCAGCGGCGGAAGCAGAAUGGGCAGUAAGGAGCGUUACCAUUGGCAGGCGCAGAAUGUGCGGCAGAGCGGCGUGGACGACAUGGUGCUUCUCUCCAAGAUCACGGAAGAAGCCAUCGUGGAUAACCUGAAGAAGCGUUACAUGGACGAUUAUAUUUUUACAUACAUCGGCCCGGUGCUGAUAUCUGUUAACCCUUUCAAACAGCUGCCAUACUUUACAGAGCGGGAGAUUGAGCUGUACCAGGGAGCGGCUCAGUAUGAGAACCCGCCGCACAUAUACGCUUUGGCCGACAACGUGUACCGCAACAUGCUAAUAGACAGCGAGAACCAGUGCGUGAUAAUCAGCGGCGAGAGUGGAGCAGGAAAGACGGUGGCUGCCAAAUAUAUCAUGGGGUACAUCUCGAAGGUGUCCGGCGGGGGCGCCAAGGUUCAGCAUGUGAAAGACAUUAUCCUGAAGUCCAAUCCGCUCCUGGAGGCUUUUGGGAACGCCAAGACCGUCAGGAACAACAAUUCCAGCAGAUUUGGAAAGUACUUUGAGAUUCAGUUCAGCCGGGGCGGAGAGCCGGAUGGAGGGAAGAUUUCCAACUUCCUGCUGGAGAAGUCACGAGUUGUGAACCAGAACACAGGGGAGCGAAAUUUCCACAUAUUCUACCAGCUGCUGGAAGGAGCUACCGACGAGGAUCGGGAGAAUCUUGGAAUCACAACCCCAGAUUAUUACUUCUAUCUCAACCAAUCUGCCGUUUACCACGUGGAUGAUGUGAGCGAUAAGGAGGAAUUCGCAGAAACUAUGGCCGCCAUGGAAGUGGUGGGACUUCCCUUCGAUGCUCAGGCCUACGUGCUGCAGAUAGUGGCUGGAAUCCUCCACUUGGGAAACAUUGCCUUCAGAGAGAGCGGCAAUUACGCCGUGGUGGAGAGCAGAGACUUCCUGGCGUUUCCUGCAUACCUGCUUGGCAUUGACCAGGACCGGCUGCAGGAGAAGUUAACGAGCCGUAAGAUGGACAGUAAAUGGGGUGGGAAGUCGGAGGUGAUUGACGUCACAUUGAACGUGGAGCAGGCGUGUUUUACCCGUGACGCUCUCACCAAAGCGCUGUACACUCGCCUCUUUGACUACUUGGUAGAGGCCAUUAAUAAAGCGAUGAGGAAAGACAAGGAGGAGUAUAACAUCGGGGUGCUGGAUAUAUACGGCUUUGAAAUAUUCCAGAAAAAUGGAUUUGAACAAUUCUGUAUAAACUUUGUUAAUGAAAAACUACAGCAGAUCUUCAUAGAGCUGACUCUGAAAGCUGAGCAGGAGGAGUAUGUACAGGAAGGCAUUUGCUGGACUCCGAUAGAUUAUUUUAAUAAUAAAAUUGUGUGCGAUCUGAUAGAGAAUAAAGUGAACCCCCCAGGGAUAAUGAGUAUCUUGGAUGACGUGUGUGCUACGAUGCAUGCGAAAGGUGAGGGUGCCGACCAGACCCUGCUCCAGAAGCUCCAGUCGGCCAUUGGUGGCCACGAACAUUUCAACAGCUGGAACAAAGGGUUUAUCGUCCACCAUUACGCGGGAAAGGUGUCGUACGACGCUAAUGGAUUCUGCGAGAGGAACCGGGAUGUUCUCUUUCCUGACCUGAUCGAGCUGAUGCAGAGCAGUGAAAUACCUUUCAUCCGAGAGCGCUUCCCCGAAAACCUCAGCGCGGAUAAAAAAGGCCGCCCCAGCACCGCCAGCUCCAAGAUAAAGAAACAAGCUAAUGAUCUUGUGCAGACCCUGAUGAAGUGCACCCCCCACUACAUCCGCUGCAUCAAGCCCAACGAGUCCAAGAAGCCACGCGACUGGGAGGAGAGCAGGGUAAAGCACCAGGUUGAGUAUCUUGGACUGCGAGAGAAUAUCCGCGUGCGGCGGGCAGGGUAUGCCUAUCGGAGAAUCUUCCGGAAAUUCCUGAACAGGUAUGCCAUACUGACGCGGGAGUCCUGGCCGGAGUGGAGGGGGGAUGAGAAGGCCGGAGUUCUGCAUCUCCUGAGAUCAGUAAACAUGGACUCUGAUCAAUACCAGCUGGGAAAGAGCAAAGUGUUUAUAAAAGCCCCGGAGUCUCUCUUUCUGUUGGAGGAGAUGCGGGAAAGGAAGUAUGACGGCUUUGCGCGUGUGAUUCAGAAGGCCUGGCGCAAACACACCGCGGUUCGCAAGUACAUCCGAAUGCGGGAGGAAGCCUCCAACGUCGUGCUCAACAAGAAGGAGCGACGCCGCAACAGCAUCAACCGCAACUUUGUGGGUGAUUAUAUCGGGAUGGACGGACACCCCGAGCUUCAGCAGUUUGUGGGGCGCAGGGAGAGGAUCGAUUUCACGGAGACUGUGGUGAAAUAUGACCGCAGGUUCAAGACCCUGAAGCGUGAUUUGAUCCUGACGCCCAAGUUCCUGUAUCUGAUUGGUCGGGAGAAGGUGAAGCAGGGACCUGAGAAGGGUCAAAUCAAAGAGGUAAUGAAGCGGAAGAUUGAGCUGCAGAAUAUCCAGUCUGUCUCUUUAAGCUGCCUGCAGGAUGACUUUGUCAUUAUACAUGAAGCGCAGUACGACAGCGUCUUGGAGUUAGUCUUUAAGACGGAGUUCCUGAGCCUUCUGUACAAGCGCUACGAGGAGAGGACCCGCAAAAAACUGCCAAUCAACUUCAGCAACCAGCUGGAGUUUAAGGUUAAGAAGGAAGGAUGGACUCCUUGGGCAUCAGCGGGAACACGGCAAAUUAACUUCCAGACUGGAACAGGGGACGUGGCCCAAACAAAGAUCAGCGGGAAACUGCUUGUGGUCAUUAUUGGGCCGGGACUACCCAAAAACUCACGACCCACGAGGAAAGACCCCAGAAAAAGCCAAUAUCUGGAUGGACAGCACCGCUACGCUACAGGAAACCAGAAGCCAAAUGGGGGCAAUAAACUGAGUGCUCGCCCACCCAUGGUCCAGAGAAUGUCUUUCACAUCACGACAGAGCAGCGUGGAGCAGCCCACGUUACCCAGGCAGGGUGCCAGCCCCCGCGCCAAAGUGCCGCCAGCACAUGUGGACAUGGACUUCAUGAACGUGCCAGAUAAAGGAGUAGCCGGUGUCCUCAGACGCCUUUCCAAGGAGAUGAAACCUGCACCAGGAGGAGGCCGACCCAAACCUGCUCCAAAACCCAAGCCACAGCCAGCGCUCCCUCGCUGCCGGGCGCUCUACGCAUACGAUGCGCAGGACACGGACGAGCUGAGCUUCAACGCCAACGAUGAGCUGGAGAUUGUGAGAGAAGAUUCUUCCGGCUGGUGGCAGGGCCGGAUUCGAGGGAAGCAAGGUCUGUUCCCUGGGAACUACGUGGAGAAGAUCUGACUGCCGUGGACACCGGUGGGCGCAGCCCUGGGGAAUGGGAGAAUAACACCGCCACAUCCAUACGUUUGGCCACAUCUGGCCCCGCGGACAGAGGGCUGCACACAGGGGCCUAUGUACAUACAGAAGCUGGUCCCCACUCCCCAGUUUCUACAUCUGGAUCUGUUUGAUGGAUCUGCUUCACCACCAACAGGACAGCGAACGUGGACUCGGUAAAACUGAACCUCGAGACAUCGCAGAGGCCUUCAGCGUCACUCAGGACACCUUGUAUGCGAUGACAGAAGAGCUGCUCC